AUGUCGUGUACAUUCAACGAGGAAUAAUUAUCGCUCGCAUUUGACGCAGUGCGUUAGUCUCAUAUUACAAACGGAAAAGAACGUAAUAUAGUGCCGCGUAUUACGCGUUACGCUUUUCGAGCAAGUAAUCCGUGUUAGUGCUUCGUUAAAAAAAACGCGGCGGUUAAGCACUACAGAGAAAACUUGACAUUGGACGGCCAUUUUGGCGUGUUGUUUCCUAAUCGAGUGCUCGGCUCAGCAUCGAUAUCCAUCCAUUUCAAGGAAAUAGAUAUAUUUUAUCAUUUCUAAAAUGAUGACAGAAACACACAUAAAUUCCAAUCAUGUCCUAAGUUCUGCUUUGACUUCCAAAUCAGAGAUAGACAAAAUGGACGAUAUAGGUUGGAAAGCCAAAUUAAAAAUUCCACAAAAGGACAAACGAAUUAAAACUAGUGAUGUUACUGAUACUCGUGGCAAUGAAUUUGAGGAGUUCUGCCUAAAACGAGAGUUAUUGAUGGGAAUCUUUGAGAAAGGUUGGGAAAAACCUUCCCCAAUUCAAGAAGCCAGUAUUCCUAUUGCACUGUCUGGUAAAGAUAUCUUGGCUCGUGCAAAAAAUGGAACUGGCAAAACUGGGGCCUACUCAAUUCCAGUGCUAGAACAGGUUGAUCCACGAAAAGAUGUGAUCCAGGCACUGGUAAUUGUACCCACUAGGGAGUUAGCUCUUCAGACAUCACAAAUCUGUAUUGAACUGGCCAAACACAUGGAUAUAAAAGUAAUGGUAACUACUGGAGGAACAAACUUACGGGAUGACAUUCUGAGGAUUUAUCAGAAAGUGCAAGUAAUAAUAGCAACGCCAGGAAGAAUUCUUGAUCUCAUGGACAAGAAUGUUGCCAAUAUGGAACACUGUAAAAUUCUAGUUUUGGAUGAAGCGGAUAAGCUUUUAUCGCAAGAUUUUAAAGGAAUGUUGGAUCAUGUAAUUUCUAGAUUACCGCACGAACGUCAGAUAUUGCUGUAUUCAGCCACAUUUCCUCUAACGGUGAAACAAUUCAUGGAGAAACACUUAAGAGAUCCAUAUGAGAUUAAUUUAAUGGAAGAACUUACAUUGAAGGGCGUAACACAAUAUUAUGCCUUUGUACAAGAACGACAAAAAGUCCAUUGCCUUAACACGCUGUUUUCCAAGUUGCAAAUAACUCAAAGUAUAAUAUUCUGCAAUUCAACGCAACGCGUUGAAUUACUGGCGAAGAAAAUAACAGAUCUCGGUUACUGCUGUUAUUAUAUACACGCGAAAAUGGCGCAGGCACACCGAAAUCGCGUGUUUCAUGAUUUCAGAGCAGGAUUAUGCAGAAACUUGGUGAGCAGUGAUCUGUUUACUCGUGGCAUAGACGUACAAGCUGUGAACGUCGUAAUCAACUUUGACUUUCCAAAAAUGGCAGAGACAUACUUGCAUCGUAUCGGCCGAUCAGGGCGAUUCGGCCACUUAGGUAUAGCAAUUAACCUAAUCACAUACGAGGACCGUUUUAACUUACACCGUAUCGAACAAGAACUUGGAACAGAAAUAAAACCUAUCCCAAAGGUAAUAGAUCCAAGUUUGUAUGUAGCAAGACCAGAAGACAAUAAUAGUAUGGAAGAGGUUAACGUGUCCAAGUAGUUUCGAUACAUCGUCAAGAUGAAGUUUUACAUCCGCUCAAAGAGUUUAAAGUGUAAAAUAGUGAUCGUGGCUCGUACAUGUAAGGCAUACAUUGCUAUGCUUUGAACUCGUAGAGUGAUAUGUUGCUUCAGUCUCGAAUGAAUUGUCUGGUGUGAUUAACGGUGUAUAAAGACAAAACAGUGCUAUGAACAUUUAGAUAAAAAAGUGGUCUAUAUAGGAAAAAAAAUUGAAAAUUUCAAUUAACAUCAUAGUAAGCAGCGAAAACAUGAAUUACUUGUAAAUAAGGCAUACUGAGUAUGAAACAAUGAACUCAGCGAAUGAAGUGAUGCGAAUGCCGGUGCGAGUCAUUCUUUGUACAUAAAUACAUAUAAAUGUACAUAAUCUAAAGUGCGUCAGAGUCAAGCCAUUAUCAAGAGCACAAUAUAUAAACGAAUACAUGAGCAACAUAAUAAUCAUUGCAUUUUACCACAACUGUAAAUAUUACAUGAAGAGUACCCAUCGUUUUAAUAGUAAAUUUUUAUACAAUGGCUUCAUACUUCCAAGAUUCUUGUUUUCGUUCGAGGGAAAAACGUGAUGGCAUGUGUGAUUUAAAAUGGCGAAACAGCGGAGAGUGAAAGUAAAUUCAUACUUGAGUGCUGUUUAUGAGUAUCCAAAUGUUGUAUAUUGAUCCAUAUGCCCAUUACUUUGCAUCACCAUACUUACAUAUAAAUUCUCCUUAAAUAUACAAUCACAAAUUCUAAACAUUGUAUCGAUCUUAAUAUUUGAUCAUGGCUUGAUUUUGCUACCUGUCAAUGCUGUCAUACAACUCUGAAAUUCCAAUCACUUUUCAAAAAAACAAGAUUUAUCUUUUUUUUCUGUAAAGCGGUAAUAGACAUUUUUUUUUUAACCUAAUCUGAUUUUUUUGUACGAAAUUGUGAUUGAGCGUCAGAGGUUGUAAAAUUGACUAGUUUUAUAUAAUUAUUUUUUAUAAAUAACUGGCUGGUGACAUUUGUGUCGAUAUUAGGGAUUCUCUGUAUGAUUCCUAUUAAACGUUUAUGUGUCUGCUCCAAAAUUGAUACAUCGACUAAUGUACGAGUAAUGAAAUUAUCUAGGAGUUCUUGUUACUCUCAAGACACAUUUUAGGUAAAUCUACAAAAAUAAAGAAAAGUGUACAUAAAAUAGCAUAAUAUACCAUUUUCCGUGACAGAUAAAAUAACUGCCAAAAUAUAAUAGGACAUCAUCAUGGAAUCCCUGUUUAUUCUUGGUUUUUUUCUCUUUGAUAUCCGUGUACAUGUUAUCCGUACAAAUAACAAAAAAAAAAAAAAAAACAAUGGCGCGUAAGAAAUUAUUUCGAAUCAAAUUUCUAUUGUACUGUUGAUAUUUUUGCGAACAAAAAGUGCACCACCAGCCAAGACGACCUAGGUUUAUGGAACGAAACGCGUAUACAUUAAUAGGCAAUAGAAUAUUUCAUAUUUGAAGUAAAAAAAUUUCAAUCAGAUAUUGAUGAAAGUGAUGAAAAGCGGUUUGAAAUGCCUUUAGACUUAUAAUAUUAUUUUCGACGGUACUUUGCUUCAGUGAUGGUUGGCAACAGGGGAGAUGUUUUAUGACGAAUAUGAUUGACUACUGGAACAGAAAGUGUAAACAUUAAAAAUUUUCCUGCGAUAAAGGUAGGUACGAAAAACUAAUCAUGAUUGUGAUGAACGUCUACCGAAUAAAAUGACGUUUUUUACAUAUGCACAUCCGCAGAAGCGAAAUGUUAAGCUUUCGAUUCAACGGUUCCAUGUAAAGUCUCGUGUAAAAUCCAUUCGCUCACUUAAAAUGUAUGACUUCUGAUUUAAUGGUUGGUAUAGAUGAUACAUAUUUAAUAAAAUCACGAGGUAUGACGUUACGCGUCGUACAUUUGCUAAAUACGAAUAUUUAAUACGAGAAUUCUAUGCACUGACUUGUAUGCAUAUCAGGGAUGAAGCGGGAGAUUGGUUUCUUCAUUAUUUUGCUACCCGUUACUAAAAUGAACAAGUUUCUCGAUACUCGGGUAACACAUGUUGGGCAAACAUUUUAUAAUUCCAUUCUGGAAAUGAUAUGCUGUAAAAUUAUUAAUCGCUGACGUACCGAGUUCAUCUCUCUUGUGUCAGCGUCUGAACACGGAUGCUGUAAUUUAGUAUUAUGGUAUUAAAAGCAUUGGAAACCGUUUUUUGCGCUAACGCAAAUUAUAAUUUGAUACAUACGAUGUUUCAAUAUUGGAAAUUGUGUCUACGGCUCACGUUAACAGUGUGCAAGGCAUUAUCAAUCGAUUUACACUUUUUUGCUAGUUUGAGACGAAUGUGAUCUGAGAAUACGUUGAUGUAGGAAAUCUCAACAAUUGAUCGUAACAAAAGAACGCAUCGUAUUUGUUGCGAGAAUACAAGCAUCGCGAUGCUUAUAACGAUAGGAGAAAGCCAAUUGAUAAUAGAGAAUCAGUGUGUGAAAAACAUUUUUAUCCGCAUUGGAAUCUACGAUUCCGAAACGGAGAAACGAAAAUAAUUGCGAAAAAUUGGCAGUGAUUUAUCGAGAUAAUUACGUAAGCGUUGUAUUUAUGACAAUUUAGAAACGAAACACUGUUUGGUGUUUUUUUUUUGUGGCUCUAUCUUUUAUCGAUUAUUACAUUCUCCUCGUAUGCGAUGUUACUUGUCGAACAAAAUUUCACCGAUUCGAUCAUUCGAUUAAGUGAAAUCGUGUACGAUCCUGUUCUAAUGUAAUACUGUAAUCAUUUUUUUUUUCUCAUAUUUUAUUUCCUCGAUGCGGGAACACGUAAGUCAAACAGUAUUUCGGAUGUGUCAGUUCUAAAACAAAAAUACUCUCCUGCAUAUUCACCACAAAAUUUUGCUUUUUGUGUUGUAUGUUUGUGAAAGUUAUUAUCGGUUCUUUUGGUCGAAGUUGUACAGACUAGAAAAGUGAUACCCUUGGUGUUACCGAAUUAUAAUUUGAAACACCAUUAGAUCCGAUACGGAAUCUAUUUUGUGAAGUAUAUUUUACUCAAUCUUUAAAAGAGUCAAGAACGUGCCAAUGGAAAGAUCAUUAAAUUCGAACGAAUUAUCACACGUAUCGCGUAGAAUCGGUCCUAAUAAUUUAACGUUCGUCUCGGUUACGUCGCGAAGCGUGUUAUAUACAUGGAUAUUUGUUUAUUUAUCGGUUUUACAACAAUUGGAUGUUAAAGAGACGAACCAUGUAUUGCUAAAAAUGCAAUCAAGAUGUUCAAUCGUAACAAAACGUCGUUAAUCAUAUUUAUCUUGACUCUUUUUAAAGAAUGGUAUUCAUGCGAAAUAAAAAUAUAAAUUUCUAGUAGAAGUUGGGUGAUAAAAAAAUUGCUGAAUGCAAUGCAAUGCUAUGCGUAUAGACUGAAGGAGUAUAUAUAUAUAUAUAUACAUAUGUAUAUGUAUAUAUGUUUGUUUCGUUCGAAUUUUAACAUCGAAGUCACAUCACUUUCCAUGUUGCGCGUGGAAUUUGAAUUUUUGCGAAAUCUUAGGAUACAGAUAUACAUACAUACAUACAUGCGUUCAAGAUUGCUUAUACAAACCAUAGAGAUGAGUUUGUUCUUAAAAAUCUUGUAAGUGUUCCCUCACGUCUGUCGCAUAGAUAUACAUUUCCAAGUGAAGUUCCUGCACCUAAUCUUGGAGAACAAAAUACCCUUGAUGCGGAAACAAUUAGCGAGGGCACCUUUAUGAUAUAAAAGUGCAAUGUUGGAAGCGCUGUGUUAACAUCUGGAUUUGGGAUAUAUUUGAAAGAAAACCCUUACAGUCAUCUUGAAGGGCUGCGUUAACUUAUAUACGAUUCGAUUCGUAUAUCGGUGAAGGUGAAACCAACUUAGCGAGAUUGAUGACGUUAACGUCAACAGUUUCGUAACUUCACCGUAAUCUGCAUUGGCUUACUCCAAUGCAACGAGCUGCAUACAUAUAUUAAAUAAUAAUAAUACGUUUUCACAGUGUAAGAACGAAUAUUGGUCUCAAAUCAACAUCGAAACAAAAUUUUUUUCAAGCUUCAGCAGCUCGUUUAAUGUGUCGAAACACGAUCUUCGAUGAUCUACGAAGAAUGUAUUUAAAAAAAGAAAAAAAAAAUUACAAAAAAAAAAAAACAAAACUAGAAUUCGAGUACAAGAAGUACCGUCACACGAAAUGUAUAACGAUCACUGUAAUUUACUUCAAAAGUUCAUUUAUUUUCACGCAAUGCUAAAUGCUCCGGAGAGACGGUACCAUUGGAAACGUAUUUACAAGCGUACAACUUUUCGUACUUAUGAAAUAAUGCAAGAAAUCGGUUUAUCCCCUGACAAAUAAAAAUUGAACUACGAAACUUUUUGUAAAUGCAAGUCGCACACUACUGUGCACUUGUUUUUAAUGUUUUAUAUACGAGUACGUGCACUUCAGGAUCUUGUGAACGGUAAAGAAAUAAGAAAAAAAAAAAAAAAAAAGAAGUGUUGCGCAUUACGAAACAUUACGCGGUACUGAUCGACUUGCAUGAUAAUUCACAGAAAGCAGGAAGAAAAGAAAGAAAACCAAAAAAAAAAAAAAAGAAAGAUGCGUACAUGAUCUCUGCGUGAAUCGUACAUGUUUGAUCGAACUUUUUUUCUAUCUCAGAGUUUUAAGCAUUCGUAUAAUCGAACCCACCCCCUUAAACAUUUGUUAAACAUUCGAGGAAUCGUCAAAAAGUUUCAUGCGUGCGAAAACAAAAUUUUUGAGGAAAAAGGAAACGAUAUCCAUUACUCUCCAAGAACGUAAAUAUGUUUAUUUGUCAAUUGUGAAGAUAGGUUUGUGCCCAGAUCACAAAAAGGAACCUUUUUUAUUUGUUUUUGAUUUCUCCGUGCACAGACCCGAUCUGAUUGAAAACGCAUGUCAGUGGAUUUGUUUUCAAAAGGAACAAAAUAGCAAAGCAAAUUUGGUCCUUAAUAAAAUUUCCGGUUCAGUAUA